AAUCGCAAUAUUCAACAACAAUAUUGCAAAACGCAUAUUACUGCAUCGGUAUCACUGAUCCAGGCCAAAAUGACAUGAUCUAUAUCGGAUUGUUGUUGUUGUUUGUUUGUUAGGUUUUUUUUUUCCUGAAUCAAAACCAGUCCGAUCAACCCAAACUGUAUCUUGUAUCCUCAACUUCACUUGGCGCGACAUGCCAUUGCACAGAUGAGCUGUUGCCAUGGUUGCCGCGUGCCUGUUUUUGUCACGUGAGCAGUUGCUCCACAGUGUACGUGAUUUCUUUUUUUUUUUUUUAAAUGUCACCAUCAAGCAAAUUACUUUAUAUAAAUAUAUAUGUAUAUAUAGAUAUACAUGUACAUACACACACAUACAUUCAUGUAUAUAACCGAUGCCGAUUUUGAUAUUUGGCAGAAUGCCAUUCCGAGAGAAAAAUGCACAAAAAUCUGCCAAUUUUUGGAGGACGCGUGGGGGGCGGGUGUUUCAAUAUGCUUGAUGUUUUUCCUUAUCUUGUAAUAUGUGGAAUCGGCCGUCUGAUUAAUGUGCUUGGCCUUAAUCUUAAUGAAACGCCGCACACUUUGAUCCCCACAAAGCAGCUUUUCUUGGCCACGGUUGGCUCUGUAGCAUUAGCGCCGUUAGCUUCUUUGUGUGCUUAGUUGAGGUAGGUGGGAUAUUCCUGAGGGAUUUUCGGCUGAGAAAAGCGAAUUGCCAGAAAACCCCCGCCAUCCCCCCCUGCCCCGGUGUUGCGUCUAUUCGGUUUGCAUAUUUUCGUUUUUUGGGGUUUAUCUUUUUUUUUUUUUUUUUGCAUUUCCCCACUUCAUUUUAUUGGCCUCAAUGGUGACUCAGAAUUUUUGCACGCAGAUUUUGCGUGAAUUGAAUUUCUAUUUUUCAUGCAUUCAUACGAAUCAUUUGUUAAUUCUUUUCUAUUGUCAUGACACUGCCAUCUGCUACCUCCCGCCUGCUCACUUUGAUUUGAUCUUCCUCCUCCGUCAUCUUUCUCUUCUUCGCACUCGCAAGCACGCCCCGCCUCUGCAAUGUGACGCUCCCCUGCCUCACUUGCCUCUUCUUCUUCUUUGCCGCCGCCUCCUCGAACUCGUGCAGUGAUGCAACGUGCUCAUCUUAGGUGACGAGGUGAUGGAUGAUUUGAAAAAGUAAACAACAUCACCUUUUUGUUUUGUUUGUUUGGACCGCCGAGGACUUUUGGAGUCUGGACCACGGAGACGCCAACUGGCAAUGUGCAAUGGCCCUGCCAAAUCAGUAAGUCUGACUGACUGGACAUAUGAUCUGCGCGACUGGACAAAUGAUUGUGUGAGAGAGGACAAACGAGAAAUUAUUGAACAUGCAAGACAUACGAUUGGACCUUGAACCUGUGGCCGUGGACAUACAUCUGCGAUUGGAUAUCCGAUAUAUACAGUUGGAUGUCGGAUGCAGGCAACUGGACAAAAUUGCGUGACCGGAUCAGCUCGGAUUCUUGACGAAUGCGAUUGGCUCUCCAACGUGCGCAACUGGACAUAAGACAUGGACCAGGUCGACGUCAAUCGGGACCCACCCACGAGUGAGUCCGUAAAUCUCAGUUACCACGACGACUAUGACGACUUGCUGGCCGACGCGGAGCACCUCGGGUUCGAAGGCGGCACCUUUCCCGAAGACCCCAUCCGACUGCUCGGAGUGCAGGUGGUAUUGAUCGCGGCCUACAGCGCCAUUAUCCUGCUGGGGCUUGUGGGUAAUUCUCUUGUCAUCUACGUCAUCUACCGCUUCAAGACGCUGCGCACCGUCACCAACUUCUUCAUAGCCAACUUGGCCGUCGCCGACCUGCUGGUGAACGCGCUGUGUCUCCCGUUCACGCUGGUCUACACGCUUCAGGGUGAGUGGCAGUUUGGCAGCACCCUUUGCUUCCUGGUGCCCUUCGCCCAGGGCCUCGCCGUCCACGUCUCCACUCUGACCCUCAACGUCAUUGCCCUGGACCGCCACAGGUGCAUCAUUCACCACCUGGAGACCAGGAUGCGCAAGGACACCUGCUACGGGGUCAUCGCGCUCACGUGGCUGAUGAGCGCCGCCCUCGCCAGCCCCCUCGCCAUCUUCCGAGAGUACGGAUCUUUCGCGCUGACGCCUGGGCACAGCAUCCAGGUUUGCACCGAGAAGUGGCCCGGGUCCAGCACGGACGGGACGGUGUACAGCGUCUCUAUGUUGGUGCUCCAAUACUUCCUCCCGCUUGCCAUCAUUUCUUUCGCCUACGCCCGCAUCUGGUCCAAGCUGCGAGGUCACGUCAGCCCGGCGGAGGGCGGGGCCGACGGCGCGGCCGCGGGCUCCCAGCGCCACCGCCGCCGUCGUAAGACCACAAAAAUGCUGGUGACCAUGGUGGUGGUCUUCGCCGUCAGCUGGCUCCCUUACCACGCCUUCCAGCUGGCCACCGACAUCGACAGCACCGUGCUGGACAUGCCCCAUUUCCGUCUGCUUUACACCCUCUUCCACGUGGUGGCCAUGUGCUCCACCUUUGCCAACCCGCUGCUCUACGGGUGGAUGAACCGCAACUACCGCGCCGCCUUCCUGGCCGCCUUCAAGCUUCGGGAUAGAGGGUGUGGGCGCGGGCGCGAGGACUCCAUCCGCCAGUUGAAUGGGGAAGAUGAAGGGAGGACGAAGAGGGAGGAGGCCAGGCAGGAAGUUGCGUGCGCCUGUCUCAACGCGACCGACGUGUGAACAGCACGGGUUGCGGAUUCAUCCGUUUUAUUAUUUUUUUGGUGGCUAAACUACAGCCUGUAGCAGCUGACUGUGGGCAAGGGAGGUGGGGUUGAUCGAAGGCCUCGACACUACCGCAAGAACUGACCUUCAUUUACAACUUGAAUUCCAAUAGUCCUGCCGUGAAACUGUAUUAAGACAUUGCCGUCAUUCUGUUCUCUUUAUUUGGUUUAGUUUGUCAUGGAUGAACUGCUUCCUCUGUAUGUUGAUGUAAGAUUUUAUUUGAUUUUACUUUUUUUGUCCAAUCCAAUUUCAGACGUUUUGUGUUGGCAGGUCAUCAGGGGAGGCGGCCCGGUAGUCCAGUGGUUAGCACGUCGGCUUCACAGUGCAGAGGUACCGGGUUCGAUUCCAGCUCCGGUCUCCCUGUGUGGAGUUUGCAUGUUCUCCCCGGGCCGGCGUGGGUUUUCUCCGGGUGCUCCGGUUUCCUCCCACAUUCCAAAAACAUGCGUGGCAGGCUGAUUGAACACUCUAAAUUGUCCUUAGGUGUGAGUGUGAGUGCGAAUGGUUGUUCGUCUCUGUGUGCCCUGCGAUUGGCUGGCAACCGAUUCAGGGUGUCCCCCGCCUACUGCCCGGAGACAGCUGGGAUAGGCUCCAGCACCCCCCGCGACCCUAGUGAGGAUCAAGCGGUUAGGAAGAUGAA